ACUAAACAUAGCCUUAAUACGGCGGAUUAUCUUGCGGAAAUAUUGUACACGGACACUUGACGUUAAGGACAAUAAAAAUGACUUUUAAAUCCGUCACGUUCAAGUGCACUUUGCUGGUGGCAUUGGCGUUCGUCGGCUGCACACUCGCUCGUCCCGAGGUUCCGACGUCUGCAGAGUCAGCGGUGCAGUCAACACUGUCGGUGGACAAUGUGCAGCAGAUCCAAGCGACGCUCAGAGAAGCCCUUCCGCUGUACAGGAUGGCCACGAGGUCGGCGCACAAGGAACAUGGCCAUCACGGGAAACUGUCGGUCGUCCAUCUGAUAUUGAUCAUCGGCAAAGUGCUAGCGCCACUCGUGGGCGCCAUCAUCGAACCGCUGCUCGUCAACGUGGCCAAAGGCAUCACAUGGGCGAUCACGUACUCAUUGGCAACUGGAUUCGACAAGCCGCCAAGUUACGAGCACUUUGUACCAGCGUUGGAACACCACAGCGAUGGCAGCGACGAUGACGACGGUGAUACAGAAUACGAAUCACACAAGCCAGUCAGUUAUUCGCUGAAAGAGCUCCCUGGACUGGCGCUACAGCUGACUAGCACCGUGCUGGCCGAGUCCGGGGUGAGUCAACCGGCACAGCAAGCCGAGGCCAUGGAAAAGGCCGAAAGGAAGCUCGUGGGCCUACUGCUGCAAGACAAUAAACCACCAGCGACACAUUGA